AUGUUGAGGAUUCAUAUUAUAAACAUUUUAAAAAUGUAAAUUUAGACAAUUUUGAAUAAUAUAGAAAAAAUAUAAAGCCAGAAUUUAAAAGACUAGGAAAGUAUCUUUUAAGAAGUCUAAUGUAUAUUAUUUAAAAAUAAGAAGAUCCUAGUGCAAUUCCCCCAAAAUAAAAGAUAUUCUUAUUUUCUGAUUUUGCUGAAUAAUUAACAAAGAAAUUUAAUAGUUUAUAUGAUAUCAAGUAUAAUUAAAAAUAUUAACAUUAUGAAAUCAUUUCAAUUAAUACAUUCAGCAUUUAGAUUAUAGAGAUUAUAAUAUAAAACGAACCAAAUUGCAAAUUUUUAAUUAAUAAAAAAAGUUAGAUAGAUUAUAUUGUUGAUAAAGAAAAAGAAAGAGAUAAAAGAAAUAUUAGCUAAUAUCCGAAGGUUUGUGAAUUUUUCUAAUUAUAGAAAGAAGACAUUUUAUAUUUUGCAGUGA